AUGUCUAAAUGUCCUACAAUUCGUGCGAGAACUAUUGAUUGUAAGCAAGGAGCAGUAAGAGCAGUUCGAUAUAAUGUCGAUGGUAAUUAUUGUAUUACCGCGGGAAGUGAUAAAACAGUAAAAUUAUGGAAUCCUCUGAAAGGAACGCUGUUGAAAACGUACUCUGGCACUGGAAACGAAGUGCUGGAUGCGGCAUCAUCGUCAGACAAUUCGCAAAUCGCCGCAGGUGGUGUUGAUCGAGCGUGCACAGUGUUUGAUGUGGAGACGGGUAAACAAUUGAGAAGGUGGCGAACUCAUGGAGCGCAAGUCAACGCUGUAGCGUUUAACGAAGAGUCAAAUGUAGUGUUCUCUGGAUCUAUGGAUUGCACAAUGCAAGCUUUCGACGUGAGAUCUCGUAGCGAAAAGCCAAUUCAGAUAUUCAACGAAGCCACUGAUGGCAUUCAAUCCAUUGAUGUGAAUGGGCAUGAAAUUGUUGUUGGAUCUGCAGACUAUAACUACCGUACUUAUAGCGUUCGCGAUGGAAAUAUGUCAAUUGACUUUAUGGGAGAAGCAGUAAACAGUGUGCAUUUUACCCCAGAUGGAAACUGUGUUCUUGCUGGAGCAAUGGGUGGGAUUGUUCGACUGAUGGAUAAAAGCAAUGGAAAACUUCUGGCGAGCUAUAAGGGGCAUUUGAACAAGGAAUAUAAGCUGGAUUCUGUGAUCCUGCAAUCUAUUGAAUUUGUAGCUAGUGGAUCGGAAGAUGGAUUUGUUUAUAUAUACAACCUAAUGGAUUCGACAAUUUCUGCGAAGUUGGAGCAUCCGUCAAAAGUGGUUCACUCGCUCAGCGCACAUCCGAAAAAAGAGAGAUUGAUCACGGCGUCUGGACAAUUAAUAUAUUUAUGGGUGCCUCAAGGUGAUCCCGAAUUCGAUUUUCAACAGAAACGGGAUGAUCGGUGCAAUGGACCGUAUGAUGGAUAUGACUAUGACGAAGAUUAUGGGAAUCAAUAUGCGAACUCAGCUUCCUAUCAUGAGACGUAUGAGGAAGAAGAGGGAUGGCGACGUGAACAGCAGGACUUCUACGACACCGUACCCGUGACAAAGGGUCCAAUGAAAUCACCAGUUGGUCAGACGUCAAAUAGGAACGUGGCGCGAGUUCAAAUCACAACUUCGCAAACUGAUGAGCAUCGCCAUAAACAUUCUAAUAUUCCACAAGCACCACCUCCACCAAGACUCCCCACCGCAAAUUCUCAACAAUAUUCUACAGAUCGACAGUCAAAAUAUGGGAAUGUGAGAAAGGAAAUUGAGAAUAGCAAACGAAUGGAAAUGGAGAGAAGAAAUGAGGUUCACAUUCGAUUUGAUUCUCAGGCAAAAAAAGAGUUUCCACCGAAACAAACUCAAUUUAUUGAUGGCUUCCGGCAGAGUAACGAGCAACCGCCUAAGAAAAAGGAUCCACCAGCGAACACGAUUCGUUCGAUUAUUAACAAUCUGAAAGGAGGGAACAGUCACCAGGAAAAUGAAGAUAGUAUUCCACGCAGUCGGGUUUCUACGAAUCCAUUCAUGCGUGCAAACCAAUUGGACCAGCAUCAGCAGCAACAAAACCGAUUUGAACAAAACAAGCAGCCUGUCAAAAAUGUUGCGGAGGUUGUUGAAAAAAUGAACAACGGUGAUUGGCCUAUUCGAAUUGAAGAAGAAGACAUCGAAGCUAAGAAAUCUAGUAUGAAGAUUCCGAUUUCAACUGAUAAAGCACGACAAUGGGAGACAUUGCAUCGUAAGAAGGACGAAAAACGGAGCAUCCUUGAGCGUAUUGAAACGGAGGAAAAACAGCACGAGCCUGAUAAUUUUUCUGAGAAAAGUCACGAGGAAGAACAUACUAGCGUUUCAACAGAUUCUGCGCUUUGCUUGGAUCCGGAGCAGAGACUUCCAUCACCGUAUAAAUUUCCAUUGGAUGCCAAAGAAACUGUAAAUGAGGAGAAAGCAUUGGCCGAAGAGGCUGAGAAAUUACUCAUCUACUUUAAAAGUCAUCGAGAAGUGCUUAAUUACUUAGGCAUUGGAUUAUCAGAAAAGCUUUGGAAGCAUAUGGGUAACUUGCCGGAAUUCGACGCAAGCAUUCGGAUUUUCAAGGCAACUUCUGAUCUUCCAGCUCCUCCAGCUCCCAAAAUCACAAUAACGCCUUCAUUCGCUGAUCGCAAUAGCCCAAUGGAUCUUUGUUCUCCGGCACGCAACUCGACAUCGCAGAUUGACCCGAAUCUUCCUUCCACGGAUCCACCGGAGUUCGAUGACUCUCGUUUUAUGAAGAAUGUUGAGAUUCCAACGAAAAUCCCAUCGAAUUCUAGCGGCGGCGGAAGAUUUGUGAAAAAAUCUGCGGCGGCACUGAUUGCCAAAAAGCAGGGAAUGACUAGCGAGGAUCCGAAUUCUGCAACAGAAAUAAUUGAUCCUCGAAUUGCAGAGGAAAUAAAAAACCUGCAGGAGCGCGAAGAUGAGCUGAAACGAAGUCGUGCGGAGUUAGAUGACGAUAUCAGAGUUGAAAAUGAAAGAAAAAGCUCAUUGAGAUCCGCUCAGUCUUAUGAUCAUCUGGAAUAUCCUGAUGAUUCUAGGAAGGCUUCAGUGGAGCGAAGUCAGUCUUCUCAUAACGUUUAUCAUAACAAUCCAGUGGAAUCGAAUCCACUUUCCCCAAAAAAUCACCAGUUUGGAUAUAAUUAUGGAUCAAUGCCGAGAACUCAUCUCAGGCAACAAGAUAGUCAGUAUCAAAGUGGGAAUUUGCGAGCACCUUCACGUAAUGACGGUGGAUAUCGGCAGACUAGGCAUAACACCGAAUUUUUUCGUUCUGCGCCCACUACUACGACGACGAACUCCAAUUGGGCGAAAUCAGGGGCGACGUUCGAAGCGCGGAAUGUCGGAUCCCAUUCUGGUCUACAAUUACCACCAGCCAGCGUAUCAAUUAGCACUGCACCCAAAUUUAGCGGCAAAUUACCAUCAAAUCCGUCAGGCUCCCACAACCCGCAUCGUAAAAUUGGGCUCUAG